ACGCGCACACCCCCUCCCCUCCCUCCCCGCGCGCCGCCCGCCCCGCCGGCCCCGCUCGCCCUCGCGCGCUCGGAAGGGAGUCGCGAGACGUCGGAGCGGCGGCCACGUAGCGCUGCGGCGGCGGCGGCGGCGGCGGCGGCGGCCGAGGCCGGGUCUGCAGAGCGGCCCUGAGUACAGACGUUGGGCGGGGGGGAGGGGCCGGCCCGGCCGGCGGUUGUUACUCGAGCACCGCGGCUACAGGCCCCCCGCCGCAGGAUGGACCGCCGAGGCGGCGGUCGGGGCGGCGGAGGCGGAGGCGGCCGGCCCGGAUAAGAUGCUCCAAGCCACCCGCAGCUGUCUUCAAAAGGAAAAUCACUAGUGCUCUGCUCUCGCCGUAACACCAAGCCUUUUCACUUGCGCUUUGGUGCUGCAGCACUGGAAGGAUUGCUCGCAGGUCCCUGGGUACCUUUUUUGUCGUUCGGAUGGUUCUUUGUGGAUGGAAAAAGAUUUGAGUAUUGAUAAUUGCCCUGUUUUAAAGCUAUUUCAUUUCUCUACAGUCUGAACUGCUUAACAGAUUGGGCCACUUCCCAAUGAGCCACACAGCCAGCCCCUGCCAGGAGCUGGCCGAGAACUGCGCUGCGCAUGCAGCAGGAAUGGCACAGGAAGACGGCUGUCGUGGUCAAGCGCCGUCUGCCUUUUAUCAUGGUGCCAGCCAGGAACUCGACCUGUCCACCAAAGUGUACAAGAGGGAGUCGGGAAGUCCUUACUCUGCCUUAGUGGACGCCAAGAUGAGCAAACCGCACCUGCACGACACCGAGGAACAGCCCUAUUUCAGGGAGACAAGGGCCGUGUCUGACGCGCACGCCGUUAAAGAAGACCGGGAGAACUCUGAUGACACCGAAGAGGAGGAGGAGGAAGUCUCUUACAAAAGGGAGCAGAUCAUAGUGGAGGUAAACCUUAAUAAUCAAACAUUAAAUGUGUCUAAAGGGGAAAAGGGUGUCUCUUCCCAGUCCAAAGAGACUCCUGCUCUUAAGACAAGCAGUGAGGAGGAAGAGGAAGAGAGUGAGGAAGAGCCCACAGACGACAGCAGCGACUACGGCGAGAACGAGAGGCAGAAGAAAAAGGAGAAGGCGGCGGCGAAGGUCAGCGUCGCCCAGAGGAGGACGCGGAGGGCGGCCUCUGUAGCCGCAGCCGCCGCUUCCCCCGCUCCCCGAGCUACGAGAGGCCGUAGGAAGAGCGUAGAGCCACCUAAGCGUAAGAAGCGGGCUGCAAAGGAGCCCAAAGCGCCAGUCCAGAAAGCUAAGUGUGAAGAGAAAGAGACUCUGACCUGUGAGAAGUGCCCCAGGGUGUUUAAUACUCGCUGGUACCUGGAAAAGCACAUGAACGUUACUCACAGGCGCAUGCAGAUUUGCGAUAAGUGUGGCAAGAAGUUUGUCCUGGAGAGUGAGCUGUCCCUUCACCAGCAAACAGACUGUGAAAAAAACAUUCAGUGUGUUUCCUGUAACAAAUCAUUCAAGAAACUCUGGUCCCUUCACGAGCACAUCAAGAUCGUCCACGGAUAUGCAGAGAAGAAAUUCUCCUGUGAGAUCUGCGAGAAGAAAUUCUACACCAUGGCUCACGUGCGGAAACACAUGGUCGCACACACAAAAGACAUGCCUUUUACAUGUGAAACCUGUGGAAAGUCAUUCAAACGCAGCAUGUCCCUCAAGGUGCACUCCCUGCAGCAUUCUGGAGAGAAGCCCUUCAGAUGUGAGAACUGUGACGAGAGGUUCCAGUACAAGUACCAGCUCCGCUCCCACAUGAGCAUCCACAUCGGGCACAAGCAGUUCAUGUGCCAGUGGUGCGGCAAGGACUUCAACAUGAAGCAGUACUUCGACGAGCACAUGAAGACGCACACUGGAGAGAAACCCUUUAUCUGUGAAAUCUGUGGCAAGAGCUUCACCAGCCGCCCCAACAUGAAGCGGCACCGCCGCACGCACACCGGCGAGAAGCCCUACCCGUGCGACGUGUGCGGCCAGCGGUUCCGCUUCUCCAACAUGCUCAAGGCCCACAAGGAGAAGUGCUUCCGGGUCACCAGCCCCGUGAACGUGCCGCCCGCCGUCCAGAUCCCACUCACGACCUCCCCCGCCGCCCCCGUGCCGUCCGCAGUGAACACCCCCACCACCCCCGCCCCCCCGAUGAACAUGAACCCCGUGAGCACUCUUCCCCCGCGGCCCAUCCCCCACCCCUUCUCGCACCUGCACAUCCACCCGCACCCCCAUCACCCCCACCACCUGCCCAUCCCCCCCGUGCCUCACCUGCCCCCGCCCCCGGCGCUCUUUAAGAGCGAGCCUUUAAACCACAGAGGCCAGGGCGAGGACAGCUUUCUGCGGCACCUGGCAGAGAAGAACAGUCCGGCACAGCAUCACUAACGGCCGUCUCCUCACGUGCGUUCUCCGCGAGCCGGGCGCCCACGUGCGAGCGCGCAGAGGGAGCUGGUGAGCGUGUCUGUGGCCGGCAGCCCCUCCGCGGCCUCCACCAGGAGCUCUGCCGCCGUCCCCGGGGAAUCAGCACCCCCCUGGGCGGGCGAGACCACCCCGAGCUCAUGGAGGGGACUGCCACCUAAACCAGGGGAACCACCAAACCGAAGCCCAACUUGCUUGCAUUUUCUGGUGACUUUUAUAAAUUUCAAGUACUCGGACUUGUGGAAUUUUAUAAUUUCAUAUCAGCCGAUGAGGUAUGCUUGCUUUUAUAUCCUGGACUUCUCCUCAAAGAGGGGACAGGCCUGGUUUCCUUUGUACUAAUCGGGAAGGCUGUGAGGUUAGCCCAGAGCAUUAAUUGUAUCACUGUGUAUCGUAAUGAAUUCUUUUCAGCUUUCGGUGCUCGCCACGGAGCCGAGCUCGCCCGUCUCACCGCAUAUCAAGCAUUAU